AUGGACUGGUCGGUUCGUCGUCGGCCGGUGCGUCCAAGCGCCAUCAGAGGUCAUCGCGAGGGUCCAUCCUGUUUGCUCAACCAGCUCGAACCUGGACCGACCCUGCCCCCAACACGAGCCUCAAUUCCCAUCGCCCUCGCUCACGCCGUCGACGAUCAAAGUUGGACGCCAGCCGCCGCCGCCGCCGCCGCGUGGCCAGCUUUCCGUCUCCCGCCUGCUUCAGGCCAACGCUAA